AUGCAUGGCACGAAAGGGUCGAUCGAUACGGCUCUCCGUCAAAGCUACAAGGACCCUCUGGAUGAUACGGAUGAGGACCUGUCAGACGUCCCGUCCGACUAUGGCGGUUCCAAGCAGACUAAGAAACUCAAGUUGCGGGCGAGGGAUCGUUGGCAGCGAUAUUGCGCAGCGAAGGCAUCCGAGCCAGCUGCCGAUCCGCAAUGGUUUGAUGCAAAGGAGGCCCUCCAGAGGGCGUCCGCGAAGGAUUUGCAUCGGUUCUGGAACUGGGUCCUUGGGAAGCUGGAACGUGGGAAGGGGGGCCGCAAACUCAAAGGCACCAAGAAGACAAGCUCGCUCAAGAGCGACUGGAAGUAUUUUCAAGGCUAUUACAGGAAAGUGACGGGAAAUGGAAUCAGUGAGAAGAUGAGUGAAGAUGUUCGGCGAGGCAUGCGGUCUCUGGCUGAUAAGCACAGUCUUGACAAUCAGCCGCGCGAGAACAUUCCUGUCUACAUCGAGGAUAUGGUUCCCUUCAACCAGACAAUCCUCCGGACGCGGGAGAAGCGAUUCCACCUGGGACUGCAACGCCUCCUGCUGUGCUUCUAUAACAUGCUGGGUCUGUUCACAGUCAACCGAGAGAGUGCUAUCCUGAACCUCCAAUACAAGGAUCUGCUCCUGUCUAUGCAGAGGGAUCCGCACGGGGGACCCCCUGUGCCGACAGUCGACUUCAGGCCGGAAUUUAUCAAGCGAAAUCUAGGGAUGGGGAAACUCAACACAUUUGUAUUGCCGGAGAUUAUCUUCGAUGUCUCACUUGUCUUCAGCCCGCAUGUCUUCCUUUUCGGCUUCCUGUUCCACGCUGAGGCGUUCGAGAACUCUAGCCUCCAGUCGAUGGAGGACGUCCGAAAGCUGGUCCCCGCGGAUGGCUGCCAGGAGAUGCCAUUGCCCCUGAAGCGGGAGAUGGAUAACUGGUACAUCUUCUGCAAGGUUGAUGUCCAGGAUGGACAGGUUCGCUUCCUACGCGAUACGCCCAUGAGUGCGGGCACGCUGGAUUCCCAGUUGAAGAGCAUGAGUGAGAUCCAUGGAUUUCUCAACACGUUCUUCUCCCAUCAGUUCCGCUACGGUGGGGGCAAGCUGCUUGAUGAGAGUGGCGGCAUCCGUAUUCGGGAAGACCUGAUCGACCUCUACACGCGCACGCGAGACGCUGCACUGGUGCCAUUGCUACAAGAGCGACAGCGGGAGGUCAGCAACACGCGACGGAGGCUGCGGGAUCAGCUAAAGCACAAGGUGCGCCGGGAGUUCAGCCGGAAGCAGGCGGUGAUCGAUAUUGAACACCAGCUGUCUGGGUUUGGGUCAGUGCUUGACGAUGAGGGUGCUCGGGAGGUGCUGCGGACGGAGUUUGAGAUGCCACUGGCGCAGAUCCACCUCUUGGAGAAGCUUCUGACCUGGCCCACAUCAGACUCCCUGGAUGACGAGUGGCGACGACGGAAUGAGGCAGUUGAGGCAGUGAGACAGUACUGUGGCUUCCUUGAGGGUGGUCCCCUGCGAGGGCGACCAAAGCGAGCGAUCCCGUCUGACGGCCCUCCCAGCGCGGAUAUCCCGCCUCAGAAGAAGACCAGACAGGAGGGUCGCCCUGUCUCCUCCCUUGCAGGAGAAGAAGUGCCCCACAGUCGAUGGCCACCGCGCCCGAUCCACACCGGAUCCCCUGGCAUGCUUUCAGUGUGGAAAAAGAUACACCCAGCAUCCGGAUUUGUUACGGCCACACCCCAGAUCGUGGAAAAUCAACGGACAGCCAAAAACCCACUUGGUGUAGCCGGCCGAUAUUCGGCGGUAGAAUUUAUGUGGGAGGGAUUUGACGGGGUGCCAUUUCUCGCGGGGUUAUGUAUCUAUCAUUGGCGUCGAUAUGGAUAUAUGCCCAGCUCUGUUGAGGCUAGCUCAAUGAUCCGACGACAUUUCUUGUAUUCAUCGGAAAGAGAUGUCAAGCACAGAUACCCAAAUGGGAUGACUUUUAAACAUCAUGACAUUGAAAGAUGGGUAUUUCUCAACACUGUCCAUAUCCGACCUAGAGAGGGAUUGGGGCGACUUCUCCACGAAGACAAAGAGAAUAAACAGGCAGCAGAUAUGGAGGAAGAUUUUAAGGAGGAUAUGAUGAAGAUCGCAACUGUUCAAAAUCAACACAGAAGCUCAGCUUGA